AUGCUGCCGAAUAACGAGGUCCGCGUGCCCCCGCCGCGAGCGGCCACGCAGUCGACUGCGCCGCGCGACAUCACCGCCGAAUUCACGCAAGCCGCUUCAAAACUUCGAGUCGGCCAGCUUGUCAAAGAUGAGUCGUUCACGCUUUUUGAGGCCGUGGGCGCAUUGGAGAUCAUGGACUCCAAGAUGGAUAGCGGCUAUAUUGCGCCUGGGGAAGAUCAAGUUGAGGCGCUCGAGGUCAAUUACGAUACACGAAGAGAGCUGACACCGGAGGAAGUGGUCGGGUUGAUGGACCAGCUCCUCUGCCAUGAGAUGGCUUGGCAUAUGGGCCAUCCACUCUCACAAACGCUCUUUACCUCCAUCUAUAUCGACAAGCUACUAUGGCCGACGCCGAAGACAUUGGAGGAAGCUCAAUUUGAUCGCGCCCCCAGCAAAUACCCCUUGGUAGGACUGGUACUACGCGCUUAUUGUCUAGCAUUGGUCAAAGCUUGUGACUAUGUUCAUGCCCGAGUGGCAUCUGAAUAUUACUACGAAGAAGAAGAUUUCGUCACGCAGCUCUACAACCGCAAUCUUCUGUCUGGAUUCGAUUCGUCACACUUUUAUCGCUUACUGGAUCAAGCAGUUGACUGGGUGGAUGCUCAGGACACAAUUGACUUGAGCCAUAAGGAUGCGAUGCGUAGCCGGCUUCACCUGCGACGAGAGUUUCUUGCCUCUGUUGAUCAGGAUCUCGAGGUUUUGGAGACAAGGUCUACCGAGAGCUUCGCGUCGUGCUUGAAAUACUUGAAGUCAGUAUCUGAAACCGUUUCGCUUGGAAAACCAGUACCCGAGGCUUUUAGCCUCAAGCUUCAACGCAAACUCGCCAGUACGGUGCCGCCUCGGCCGAUCGUCAACAUCAAACAAGAGGACGCUUUGGAGCAAAUGCGGCGUCUUUGUCAAGACGCAAUUGACAUGCAACAGAUGCUGGAUUACCGGGGGCCCAGUAAUUUCAAGACUGCCGUUUGGACGCUCGUCUCACGCAAGCCGCAGCCUUCUGUCUACAUUCGAUCCCUUUUGCAGGCUUUGAUAGUCGGCGACUCUUCGAUUCUCGGUACCGUCUCCGUCCGGAAGUACCUGUACGACGAUCUGGCCGAGCUAGUAUUACCCGCGAGUAUGCUACUUCGAGCCAACCUGGACGAAGUCGAGCUGCCCUCGGAUCCACGAUUUCGAAUCGCUCAAAUUAUGGAUAAUUUCGUGAAGCGUUUUGGCCAGCCUUUCAUCGAUACCGUGCGCUCCGCUUGUUUAAAUCGCUGCCGUGUCCGUCGCACCAUCUGUCACACAGUUGUCGACUGGGAUAACCUUCAGAUGGAGGCCGAAGAACUCGACCUCCAACUUCAAGAUCUCAGUGCGGAACCCGCAUUGCAAGUUCAAGGUGGAGACUCUACGUUCUCCUAUCCCCUCAGCAGCUGGGCUUAUCACCAGAAGCUGCUUCAGCUUCGUCUCAUUCUCCACAUGGGAUUCGAGCUUUCAAUCUAUGCCCCGGAAGAACUUCCCGGCAUCUACUGGUAUCUUUCACAUCUGUGCUCAACGCACCUUGGCCAUCUCGACCGUAUUCGCACAUUCACCGUGGCCGCCCGUAAACGCGAUCUGGUGAGUGGUGGCAGCCAUGCACAAAGUUCCGCCGCGUAUCAUCGCUCGUUCUUGUAUCUCGAACGGCUCACAACCCACAUUAUUGCGAUUGACGCGUUUGCGAUCGCCCUUCACGCCCUCUAUGUCCUGUUGGCCCGUCACCAGAUUCUGCCCCGUGCGGCUGGCUCCAAGGCAUACUCCAGCGACCGACAUCGCUACGAGCUCCGCAUGAAGCCCUUCCUCCCCAUCUCCUUGCCGGAGCUGGUCCCUUAUGAAGAGUUCCAGCGCGAGGCCGCCUUGGAUGGUGAUUCGGACGCCACCGUUCUGGAUCGGGCUUCCAAGGCCAUCACCGAGGCUCGCAAGGCAUGGGAGGCGACCCUCGCCAACGGAGCCUUCAGUGACCACAGCAUGCCGUCAUCAUCAGCGACUCCGGCUCCCAUUGCCAUUGAAGAUGAUUGGCGCCGUGAAAUCAAGGAUACGAUGCGAGCUUGUAUUGGAACGAGCAUUGCUAUUGAGACGGUGAAGAAAGCACUCACGAGGUCAGCCUCGUCGCCGUCGGAGCCACAGCGUGUCACUCUGGACGUGACCAUCCCCGAGAUUGGCUCCAAGGCGCGCUGGCACGACUGGUGGAUUGUCCCGCAGAUUUCGGAGAGAAAACAACCCACCCCGACGCAUUCGGCAUGA